AUGGAAGUAGCUCCUAUUAAAGUUGAAGAUUCAAUGGAAGUAGUUCCUAUUAAAGUUGAAGACUCAAUGGAAGUAGUUCCUAUUAAAUUCCAUAUUCCAGAAUUCGUCAAAGAAAAAAUAAAUAUUCAGGACUACUUAUUUAACUUGGAGUUAAUUUAUAAAGUAAGAAAUAUUAUAGAUUUAAAUACAAAAAAAGACCUGCUUUUAGCCUAUAUCGGAACAGACAAUCUUAUCAAAAUUAAGAACUUUCACUUUCAAAUAAAUUUAGAGAUGAUAAAUUAUGAUACUUUAAUAAAAAGCUUAAAUUUGGUGUUCAAUUAUAGUUCGAGCAUUUUCGUAAAUAGGAAAAAAAUUUUUACGUUAAAAAGAUGCAGUGAGACGAUUAUUGACUUUUCAAUUAGGGUUAAAACUGUCUGUUCUCUUUGUAAUUUUAAACCGCCUUUUGAUGAACUUUUAAGAGAUAUAUUUAUCCUAGGAGUAGGCUUACCUGAGUUGGACAAAGAACUUCGGUCAAAGUAUAUCGAAGGCAAUAUUACUUUUGAAGAGACCGUGCGUUUAGCGAUCGCGCGGUCUUCGUUGGAAAAUGAAACCCAGACUGAAGUUAAUAAAAUAACUAAAAAUAAGCCAACACAGGGUUCGAAAAAUAAUUAUUUUAGAAAUAAUAAUUAUACAAACGUCAAUAGAUUCAAUAAUAAUAAACACUUUAGUAACAAUUAUAUUCCUAAUAAUAAUUAUAGACCUAGUAUCAAACCUAAUUCUAUUCAAAAGAAAGUGAUAUGCUUUCGUUGCGGUAAGGCAAACCACAUAGCGGAAGAUUGUAGAACCCAUGCCAUACAAAUGAUUCUGCCACGGACACCUCGCCUGUCAUUUUCAAAUAAAGCAACCAUCGAUGCGAAGAUAAAUGGGUUGCAGCUAGCUAUGGAGUUUGAUACCGGCGCCGCGUGUAGUGUGAUUGAUGAGGUCACCUGGAAUCGUAUUGGCAGACCACAACUAUCACCGGCUUAUAAAUUAGUGGGAUAUAAUCAUAUCCAAAUCGAAGUACUAGGUGAAAUCAAACUGCAAAAGGCAGUCAUCCGAAUAGAACCGAACACGUUACCGAUUGCAUUACCAGCAAGAAGAGUUCCUUUUCCGUUGCGUCGAACCAUUGAAGCAGAGUUGGAUAGACUUUUAGACGAAGGCGUUAUCGAGAAGGUGGAUCCAACAAUAACUCCAAUCACUUGGGCUACGCCAACGGUUAAUAUCUUAAAGAAAUCCGGUGCCGUGCGGAUAUGCGGAGAUUUUCGUUUAACAAUCAACAAAUAUCUAGCGAUCGAUAACGAUUUACUACCAACUUUCGUCGACCUAACAAAUAAAAUCGCGGGUGGUAAAAUAUUUUUAACAAUAGAUUUAAGAGAUGCAUUUUUACAAUUCGGAGUUAGUCCAGACUGUAGGGACCUUUUAGUAAUUUCGACACAUGUCGGUUAUUACCGAUACCAAAGAAUUCCAUUUGGUUUGACUAGCGCUCCGAUAAUAUUCCAACGCUUUAUGAAAAACCUAUUAAAGGGAAUUCCUAUGGUUAGUGUAUUUUUAGACGACAUAAUUAUUGCAGGUGAGAAUAAUUCCGAUCACAUAGUUAAUUUGGAAGAAGUAUUAAGAAGAUUUGAGAAGGCUGGACUGACCACGACGACUGAUAAAAUUAAAAUCGGAGAAAAGUCAGUCACUUAUUUAGGUCAUGUUAUUGACAGUUUCGGAAUUCACCCUACAGAAGAUAAGAUUAGCGCUAUAAAAAAUUUUAAAACACCUUCCAAUGUUAAAGAACUACGUUCAUUUCUUGGAAUAGUGAAUUAUCAUGAGGCAUUUAUUAAAACUUUGCAUUCUAUUUGUGCGCCUUUACAUCGACUAACGAAAGAUACAAUAAUUCCUUAUUCAGCCGAUAUCCCUGUCGUGAUUUCUUGUGACGCUUCCGAAGAUGGUCUAGGAGCUGUUAUUGCACACCGAUUUCUUACUGGCCAGGAGAAACCGAUUGCUUACGCAUCGAGGACACUUUCGGCGGCUGAAAAGAAUUAUGAAAGGACAGCAGGGUGGCAUGAAGGAAAAGUGUUACAACGAAAAAGCGCAAUAUUGUACGAUGUGGAAUCAGAGGGGAUCGUUAAAAACAAGCAUGCAGAUCAAUUGAGGGAUGCACAUACACAAGAGAAGGAAAUACCCGUUACGUUGACCGAAGAAGUGGAAAAGGCAGAACAUGAGAAUACAACUCUUGAAAAAAGAGUUUGA